AUGAAUGAACAAGUUAUUGGGGCAAUGGAUGAAGAUGGUGAAACAGACCAAACCUUAUCUAGGUUGAGCAAUAAUAAUAUUACAACCCAAAUAAGUAAUAGAAGUGGUGAUAUAAAUAAUAGCGAGCGUGUAACGAAGUAUGCAAACAAUGAAAUGAUUGAUCGAAAUAAAAAUAAUAUUAAUCAACCAAACGUUGAUAAUUUUGAAAAUGAAAACAAUGAUUCUUUAGAAUAUACAAAACAAUAUGGCAAACAAAAUGAGAGUGAAAAUGAAAUGAUAUAUACCAAUAACAAUGGUGAAAAAGAAUGCAUGAUAAUUGAUACAGACGAUGAGAUGAAAAAUUAUGAGCUUAUACAUGUUCAAGAAGAUAAUAUAAAUAACUUACCUUCAACAAUUAUGUUAGAAGGGAAUCCUGAAAUGGCAAUAAAUUUACAAAAAAAUGGAUCCCCCAAUUUAGCUACAAAUAAUAUGAAAUUAAUGGGGAAUGAAAAAAAUAAAAAUAAAGAAAAAUAUUAUAUCAAUUUAUGCUCAAGCAAUAAUACUGGUGAAAAUGUUUUUACAAACGAACUGGCAGUGGACAAUAAUCCAAAUUGUAUGGAAAAUUGCCAAGACGAGAAUGCAGAUAAUAUAGUAAGCAAUGGGGAUAUAAAGGAAAAAAAGAAAAUGGGGUUGAAGAUGGUGAGAAGGAGUUCUCAAUCUAACAAUGGUUAUGAGCAUAAAAAGGAAGAAACUUUAUUAAAUACAAAUACUGUUAAGGUUGGACGAAAAAGAGGGAGGAGAGAAAAAAGUUCUUUAAAAAAUGAAAACGGAUUUUUAAAAAUUGAUAAUAAUAAUAAUAGUAGUGUAGUAUGUAGUAAUAAUCCCAGUGAUCCAACAAUUUCAAAUAAUAUUAAAGAGAGCACAGAUUUAAAAAACGAUAAUAUUAUAGAUGUAAAAGGAAUUACCAAUAGUACCCCUAUAACUAUAAAUGAUAGCAAUAGUAUAAAUAAUAGUAAUAAAGUUUGUGUUUCAGAAAAUAAUGAUAAAGCCUGUGAAAAUAAUAUGAACAAAUUAAAGGAGUAUGAUGGAGUUGUCAAGUUUGAAAAUGAAAACAAACCAAUUCGUAGGAGACGAAGAAAAAGAAAAUUAAAGAGAGGUAAUACAAAAGAAAAGAAUAAAGAAAUUAGAAGGAGAAGAUCACAAUCCGUAUUAGCAACUAAUGGAAAUAUGAAAUAUAAAAUUGGACAAGGUAAUAUGUCAACAAUGUAUGAAAAUGUAAAUAAUAAUAAUAAGAUGUAUUAUUAUGGAUAUGAUAAUUUAGAUAAUAUGACUAAUAAAGUAUCAAAUAUAAAAAUAUCGAAACAUUUUUUUUUAAAAAUGGAUGAUGAUAAUACAAGUGAAAGUAGUGCAUCAUCAAGUUCAUCAACCAAUAAACGUUUAAAAAAUAUAAUAAUAAUAUUUGAUCAAAAAUAUAAUAUGGGAUUUAUUUGCAAAGUUUCUAAAAGAUAUUUAACAACAGAAGAAGAAGGGAUUUUAUUAAAGUCAAUAGAAAAAUUAAAUGGUGAAAGAUUUAAUUUUAAUAAUAUAAUAUCUAGUAAAGAUUCUGUAAUUGAACAAUUUAUGUUAUAUAAUUUAUUUUCAUAUGAUAUAACAACUUUAAAAAGUUCAUUAAAAUUAAUGUAUACUUUUUGUUUAUUUAAAAAUUUAAGAUUAUAUUUUCAAAUACAAAAUAAGCAUAUACGUAUUGAAGAAAGUCCAAUAUCAACUUGGAGGAUUAAAGAUAAUUUAUAUGAUACUCAUUCGAUUAUAUUAUCAAUGUUUAAUAAUUAUUAUAGGAAUAUGAAUAAAGAUAAAUUGACAGCUAUUGAUUUUAUAAAUUCCUAUUAUUUUAAUAUACAUAAUAUAAAGUUUGCUAAAAAAAAUGUACAACCAAAUAAAACAUAUGAUAAUAUAAUUGAAAUGGAUCAAAAUAAUGAAAUAAAUAAUAAUAAUACGGAAAUAAAACGAAGGGGUACUAAAAUGAGAGGAAGAAGAAGAGGAAGAACAAAAGAAAUUGGGAUAAAAAAGGAAAAAGGAAAAAGAAGGGGGAGAAGAGGUCGUAAAAAUAAAUCUUAUUUAUAUGAUAAUUAUAAAUAUGAGAACGCCGAAUUUGAUACUAUUGAUACUGAAAAAAUAAUAAAAAGAAGGAGAGGUAGAUGGGGAUAUAAAUUAAUUGCAAAGGAAAAAGAAAAUCAAAUUGUAAAGGACGAGAAAUCAAACGAUGAAAUUGGUAGGGGUAGACGAGCUAGUCACAUUGAAAGAAGCAAAAGAAAGAAUAAUUUAAAUGAAAAUGAAGUAGCUGAAGAAAACGAAUUUUAUCACGGCGAUGCCAAUAACUCAGAUAAUAAAUCACCAGUAAAUAUAGAAGACCAAACAAAGGAUGAAAAAACGAGCAUAGGCAGAAGUAGUAACACUAAGGAUAAUUUAAAAGAUCUUAUAAAAAUAGAAAAUCCAGAUUAUUAUGAUAUUACAAAUAUGAAAUAUAAUGAAAAUGAUAAAAACGGUAUAUCUAAAUCGGAUGAAAAUAAUAAUGAUUUUGAUUUGGGUUCCCCAAAAAAUGAAAACCAAAAUUAUGAUGAUCAGAAUGAAGAAAAUUAUUUUGAAAGUGAAGGUAAAAAAAGAAAUAAAAUAAUAGGGUCUGAUAGAGAUAGUAAUCAUAGUUAUAGAGAAAAUAAUUCUGAAAUAACAGAUGAGCAUAAUAAACUAAAUAUAGAUUCAAAAGAUGUAGAUAAUGAGGGAAAUAAAAGUGAAAAAAUGAAUUUAAUAUAUCCAAAAAAUAAACUAAAUUAUAAUGGCAAUUCUAAUGAUAUUAUAAGUAUAGGUUCAAGUAAUGAAACUGGUAUAGAAAUCGAACAGAAUGAUAAUAUGGUUUUAAGAAAAAAUAAUAGUGAAUCUUCUUUAUCAUAUUCUUCUAUAAAUAAUAAUGUUAGAUGUAAAGUUGAAGAAUCAGAUGUUAUAGAAAAUGGAUCUAAUAAUGAAUGUGAAAAUGAUAUGAAUAUUAAAAAUAGUGAAAAUUGUGUUGAAGAGAAUAGUACAAUUGUUAGAGAUAAUAAUGAGGUAGAUAUUGAAAAAGGUUUAGUAGGAAAAAGGGGAGUAAAAAAUGAAGAAAGUAUGGAAUAUAAAAAAAAAAUAUUUUUAAGACGACGACAUACAAAGGAAGAAAAUAACACUACCAAUGAAACGGGUCUAACAAAAGCAGACUGCCUUAACAAUAGUGGAAAUAAUAAUGAUGUUUUAAUUAAAGAAGGAAAAGAAGAUGUAUUUUGUAACAACAUAACAUUGAUAAAAAGGAGACGAAGAAGAAGAAGACGUAUAUCUAAAAAAAUAAAAAUACAAAAAAGUAUUGAAAAAGGUAAAGAACCAAUUGUACGUAAAAGAAGACGACGAAGAAGAAAAAAUAUAAAUUCAGAUGAGAAUUAUAUCGAGGAUGUAAUAAAAUUAGAAAAUGUAGGUAUAAUGCUUUUGGAAAGGAUUAAAAAUAAUUAUAAAAUGUUGAUAGAAAAUAAUGAACUUAAAAAAAAACAGGAAAUGAAUCAAUACAAUAAUAAUGGAAAUGCUAAUCCAAAUAAUUACAACUAUAUGGACAACCGCAAUGGUCCUGAAUAUUUAAAUGAUAAGAGUAGAGAAAAUGGGGCAUCUAAUGUUGAAGGCUCACAUCAAUAUAACGGGAAUUAUAUGCAGUCUGGUUCUGGAAUGAAUAAUAUAAAUAAUGGGAUGAGUAGCAAUAAUAAUAAUGGUAAUACUACUGGAAUCAUAGAUGCAAAUAAUACUGUUAGAACCCAAAAUAAUGACAACAUGAUGAAUAAUCAGACAAAUGAAGGGGCACAAUAUCCUAAUAAUACUCCAAAUAAUCUUGAAGGUACAUUAAAUGGUAAUGACACAAAUAUGAAGAACGAACCGAAUAUGAAUCCAUAUAUAAAUGGGAACUAUAAUAAUUCGAUGGGAAAUGGGAAUAAAAUUAAUUAUGCUAAUUUUCAAAAUAGUUUAGUUAAAACUGAACUAAGUGAAAAAGAAAAAAAAUAUAUGCUAACUAUUGAUUCAAUAUAUAAUAGUAAUUUUAAUAUUUUAGAUAUAAAGGUGAAUACUCAUUUUUCACAUAAUUAUCAUAUAGCUUUAUUUUUUUUAUGUAAAUAUACAUCAUAUAAUUUAUUUUUACAUCCAAUAAAUAAGAAUGAGCAUAUAGUAUCAUCAAUAAUAUUAAAUUCAAAGCAUGAUAUACUUACAGAUAAUGGUAACUGUUUUGUUUUAAAAUAUUUAUUAUCUUUUUUAAGUAGCAAAAUAUCAAGCCUCAGAAAAUGUUAUGCUAAUGCAUUAUAUAAUUCAUAUUUAUUACAAAUGCCUAUAAGAAUAUUUCGUCAUAAUAAUUUGAAAACAAAAUAUGGACCGAAUUAUGGUAUACGAUAUGAUGGGAUAUAUAAAAUAGCAAAUGCAUUUACUGUAAAUGAUUAUUCAACACUAGAAUAUAAAAGAGAUAUAUUAUAUGUCUUUAAAAGAUUAUAUAUGGAUAAAUGUUUUAUUCCUAGUAAUUGUAGAUUUUAUAAUAAUAUAUAUGAAAGAAAAAAAAAUUUAGAUGAAAAAAAUUCUGUUUCUAUUAAUGUUUUUUAUAACAAUGAAAUAAUUAUGACUUUAAGAGUACCAUAUAUUAAAAAUUAUAAAUCUACAGCAUUUACUAAUUUUAAUCAUAUUUAUAAAUUUAUUAGAAAAAAAUGUAUUGCUGAAAAUCUUGCUACAGAAUGGAUUAAUUCUGAUGUUCGGGUUUAUGAAGAAUGCAUGAAGGAAUACAAACAAAUGAAGGCUAAAGAUUUAGAACAAAGGUCCAAAGCCAAUCAAGAUAUAUUACAUGAAAAUGUGAAUUAUAUAAAACAAAUUGAAACAAAUAAUGGUGUGACAGAAAUAUAUCAACCUAAUGAAGAAGAGAAUAAAAGAAAACAUAGUAUAAAUAAACGUGCACUAAUAGGAAAAUAUCCAUAUUGGUGUUUGGGAAAAUAUUUACCAAUGGUUUUAAUGUUAGAAACAUUAUGUUUUAAAAAAGAAAUAGAUGAAAAUAAAAUGAUAAGAACUAAAAAUUUGAAAAACUUAGAUAUUUCAAUAAAAAAAUGUGAAAUAUCUAUAAAUUGUGAAUUAGCAAAAAGACCUGCACAUUUAUUUAUUCCAAUAAAAAGUAAAGAAGCUAUAUCAGCAUAUAUAGAAUUGAAAAAACCUUUUAAAGAUGAUUGGAAUCCAUAUGAAGAUUUAUCUGCUGGAAAAGAAAAAUUUAAAAUUCCUGUUGAAAAUGAUGUAGAUGAUGAUUUACCUCCUAUGAACUUUACUUAUGUAAACAAAACCAUAUUUUUUUCUCGACUACCACCAUAUAACUUAUUACCACUAUGUUCUGGUUGUACACCCCAAAAUUAUAAUAAAAAAGAUUAUGAUGAAAUAUAUAUUAAUGGAUAUUGUAAAGCAUUGAAACACAAAAGAACAAAUGAAAUAUAUUGCGAUGGGAAUAAGAACUAUGAUAUUAAUGAUUUUAAUGUUUUAGCUGCAUGUUCAGGCAAUUGUUUAUGUGAUCCAUUAAAAUGUAUAAAUAAAUUUCCAGAAGGUUUACACUAUCCCGUAAAGGUUGUAAAAACUGUUGAUGUUGGAUGGGACAUCGUUGCAUGCUCGCAUAUAAAAGCUAAUUCACUUAUUAUGCAUUACGUAGGUGAAAUAACAACACGAAAAGAAAUGAUAUCUAGGGAACAUGAAUAUGACAAAAAAGGAUAUUUUAAUUAUUUUAUUGAGACUGCAGAAGUAGAUGAAACUUAUGCCGAUGAUUGGAAAAUACCAUGCAUUGACGCUUUAUUUAUUUCUAACGUUGCUCGAUUUUUAAAUCAUUCAUGUGAACCUAAUGUUAAUGUUAUAACAAUAUGGAGAGGUGAUAGUUAUCCUUCCGUUGGAAUAUUUUCUUCAAGAGAUAUAAGCCCAAAUGAACCCCUGAAAUAUCAUUACGGAAUUAACUACAAAAAUAUUAAGUGUAUGUGCCGUUCGAAAAAAUGUAAAGGAUAUAUUGGAUAA